AUGGACACGGAAAUAAUGGACUCUUCACUGUCGGCACCGUCUCCUGCUAGACAAACUGCGACUCAAGGAUUGUCAUUUGAAUUGGAGAGCGGAUUCGAGCCGCAAAUACGUGCGAGAUCAAACACGUGGCCUCUGCCGAGGCCUGAAGGCUAUGUUGACGCUAGUGAUAGCAACGGGAAGGAUGAUCCCAAUGCUAAUGCUCUUCUUCAGCAAGUUGCGCUAGGAAAUGCUCUUAUUCCGCUGAAGAAAAAUUCUUCCAGGAGAAAUGCUUGGGGAAAUUUGAGCUACGCGGAUUUGAUUACUCAGGCUAUUACUAGUGCUACGGAAAAACGGCUCACCUUGUCGCAGAUCUAUGAAUGGAUGAAUUCAAUCAGGCACAAUUUGUCGCUACACAAUAGAUUCAUGCGGGUGCAGAACGAAGGAACUGGAAAAUCUUCCUGGUGGAUGAUAAACCCGGACGCCAAGCCUGGAAAGUCGGCGCGUAGAAGAGCAACGUCAAUGGAAACGAGCAAGUUUGAAAAACGUCGAGGUCGAGUAAAGAAAAAGGUAGAAGCACUUCGGAACGGAUUGCAAACCGACGCAGCGACAUCUAGCCCGAGUAGCAGUGUAAGCGAAGGUCUUGAUUUAUUUCCCGAGAGUCCUCUUCACACCAGCAGUUUCCAGCUUUCUCCCGAUUUUCGUCCUAGAGCGUCGAGCAAUGCGUCGUCAGUAGGACGAUUGAGUCCCAUUCCGGCGGUUCUUGGUGAACCUGAUUGGACACCUAGCUACGUGUCUUCUUACAGUCCCGAGCAAUUAGCUGGUAAUCUAGCGGAAGCCAUGAAGUUAGAGUCCUAUCAAAUGUACCAACCCUCGCCUGGGAGCCAGCAGCAGCAACAACAGCAGCAGCAGCAACAACAACAACAACAACAACAACAACAACAACAACCACCACCGUCUUAUUUUGAGGCGCAACAAUACUCGAGAAGUAACUCAAUGCGGACCGCUGCAUCGCCUUACAGUUUACCUGCACAGCCUAAUAAUCAUCAUCAACGGUGUUCGAUUCAUCGCUUGCAAACAUGUUCAUGUCAAAUGAACACAAGUCCUGUAUCGGGUAUGUCACCAACGUAUCACCAAAAUGACUCACGUCCAUCAUUGUGCGCUCAACAAUCACCAACCCAACCUCAGCAGCAAUUGAAAGAACCUAAGCAAGAUCGUAAAGAGCAGCCUCAAUCUUUUCCUUAUUUAAUGCAGUGCCAGCAGCGAUUACAAAACCAAAAUCAACAAACAGUAUCUGUGAACUCUAGUCCUUCAGCAGCUGUCAAUUUUUUAGAUGGGUCAUCUGAUUUAUCCUGCUGUAAUAAUUUAGAUUUAAAUGCUGCUAGUACAAUGAUGGGAGAGUUGAUGGGGGCUUUAAAUAAUAGUGCUUUAUUAGAUGAUCUUAAUAUUAAUAUUGAGGGUCUUCAUGGUGGAUUUGACUGUAAUGUUGAUGAGGUAAUCAAACACGAAUUGUCAAUGGACGGUACACUGGACUUUAAUUUCCAAAACGGUGUAAUAGAUCCAGCUUUGGAUUCGGUGACCGACGACGACAUAAUCCAAGGAAACGUGAUGGGUGCUAACAAUACUGUAAAUUCGCCGGCACCCGUAACCUCCGCGAGCGGUACCAGCUAUGUCACCACCAAUAAUCCCACAGCGGCCACGGCGACACCCUCUUGGGUUCACUAA